AUGGAAACUAGAGAGAGAAACUCCAUAAAUUAUCUUAUUCCACCUCAAUCCACUCAAGAAUCAUCUUCUACCUCAAACACCAAAAGAAAUGAAACCCCAAAUCAUCUUCAUCGGGGAGACCAGUAUCGCGGAUUCAGGUUACAGAACGAACAACCGGAAGCUGCAGAAAGACCCGGAAGGAAUUCAAACUCGGAUCCGGAUCCAAAUAUUUCUGGACUGGUCUCUCAAGCUCCCUCGCAGCCGCUACCACUAGCACCACCACCUUCAACAACCUCUAUAGCGCCGGUUGCAGUGGUCGUCCGGUAUCGUGGAUGCUUAAGGAACCAUGCUGCCAAUAUGGGCACUCAUGUUCUCGAUGGGUGUGGAGAGUUUAUGCCUAGCGGAGAAGAUGGCACGCCAGAAGCAUUAAAAUGUGCCGCCUGUGAAUGCCACCGGAGUUUCCACCGGAGAGAGAUAGAAGGCGAGACUACUUCUCAAAUAGCUUUCACACAUAAUCAACCACCUCCGGCAGCUGCUGUACAUGUACCUCCCGCACCAUCACCUCAGCAGCGGCACCACCGGUAUUAUCACCAUCCAAUGCCGCCAAUUAUGAUGGCAUUUGGUGGUGCUGGCGGCGCACCGGCGGAAUCAUCUAGUGAAGAUCUUAAUGUAUUCAGAACGAGUUCCGGAGUGCAAUUAAUGGCGCAAACUUCAAAGAAAAGGUUUCGAACGAAAUUCACACAGGAACAGAAGGAAAAGAUGCAAGAUUUUGCAGACAGAAUAGGGUGGAAGAUCCAGAAGCAAGAUGAACAGGAGCUUGUACAAUUCUGCCACGAUGUUGGUCUGAAAAGACAAGUGUUUAAAGUGUGGAUGCACAACAACAAACAAGCCACUAAGAAGAAAGAAAUGUAA